UUUUAAAUCAUUCAAUUUAAAUUCAUUCGACGCAAACAAGGGGCUCGGACUGUAUAGUCUCACAGAUAAAAUAACUAAAAAAAAAAAAAACAAAAACUACAGACAAGUAACGUGCUUUCUCCAUAAUCGUCAGUUCAUUCUCAGGUUUAGUUACGGAAAGUUUGUCUUUGAUUUGUUUCGUGUCUCGUUGUCUUCCGGUUUAUAACAACUGUAACUGUCAUUUUGGAAGUGGAAUUUAUUUUUGUGAACGAAUAUGUCAAAACUACUUUCGGCUGCACGAUUGGCUUUCAAAAAGCAUCCUUUUAUCACCAACAGUGUCAUUUAUGGCAGUCUUUAUGUGGGUGCUGAAUACUCUCAACAGUAUUUGACAAAACGUGUUUUAGUGGAUAAAAAUCAACAAAAGGAUAUUGAUUAUCCAACGAUAGGUCGGUAUGCCGUUAUGGGGACAUUUGUCUAUUCACCAACACUCUACACAUGGUACAAAUGGCUGGACCGUACCUUCCCAGGAACAACCAAAUCGAUCAUCGUUAAGAAAUUGCUUAUCGAUCAAUUUGUCCUGACGCCAUUCCUUUUGACAGUCUUCUAUACAGGAAUGUCCUUAAUGGAGAAUGCAGAUGACCCGUUCAUGGAAUUGAGAGAGAAAUUCCUGCCAACUUUUGUGCGCUCGUGUGUUUUCUGGCUACCGGUACAGACGGCGAACUUCAUCAUGAUACCACCAAGGUUUCGAGUAAUCUACAUGGGAGUCUGUGGAUUCAUGUGGGUCAAUAUCCUUUGCUGGAUAAAACGACAACAAGUGACGGUGUUGGCGGCAGCACCAACAGCAGCAGAAACGACAACUUCAGAGCCAGCAAUAGUUGCAAGGACAUCGCCAACGAGAACGGGAACAGUGGACGACCAUUCCGAAUAAAUUGCCAUGUUACCAGAUGCUGAUUCUGCUGCUGCCUGCUUCUCUCUAUUAUAGCUGGACUACAAAAAAGCUAUGUGAAUAUGUAUUUUAUUAUGUUUGUGUGUGAGUGUACGGCUAAGAUAAAUCGAUGUUGAUGGCCCAUUGAACAAUGGACGAAGGAUUUGGCUUGCAAAAAGAUACUCUCUUUGGAUUAAGGCUAAAUGCUAUUUUUAUAGAUAUAUUUAAGUGUUAGGUAAUGUUUUUUUUUUUUUUUUUUUGAAUCUGUUAUCCUUAUUUUGCAAGGACAUUCUGGAUUUUUUUUUAUUAUUUUUUUUGUAAUUCUUUUGUAUCAUAUAAAUCUGUGCCCAUUAUAAUGUUGGCCGCCAUUGCUUAUUGUAGGUUAGGGAAAUUAAGAGAACUUUGUAAAAUAUAUCCCAUUGAACAACUUAAACAAAA